GUAGAGCGGAAUAAGCAAAUCCGAAGAGGAUGUGCACAUCACGCCAUCAUCACUCACAUGCUGCUGAAGCCGGUAGUGAUCGGGAAAGUGGCCUUAAUUCAAACAGAUAAAUUGCAGUUACAGUGUCUUAUUUGCGUUAUUAGCCACUGGAUCAUCAACAUCAUCUCUUUGUAUCAUACGCUUACCGCAACCGGAAGAGAAUUAGCCUACGCAUCUAGUCCAAUUUGAACUAUAAUCGUAUAUGUGUAAGUGCAGGGUGUUAAUUUAGUCGAAAUGGUGGCAGGUGAGUUACUUCAAGAGCAGCAUGUUCUGCCUGACAGCACACCUGAAGGAAAUACAAACGAGGACAGCGCCUACAAGGAGCUUACCAAUGGAUCGGUCCAUAUAACGCUGGAUCCACAGGUGCUGGAAAUGGAGCUUCCACCUCCGGACGAAAAAGAUGCGAUGUUGCCCGGUGAACAGAAGAACGAAACGCUGGAGACGAAGCUCUACUGGACGCGGUUUGCCGUUAUCGCGGUGUUCAGCCUUUAUUCGCUCGUCAACGCCUUUCAGUGGAUCCAGUACAGCAUCAUCACCAACAUCUUCAUGGACUAUUAUGACGUAUCAAGCAGCGAUAUUGACUGGCUCUCUAUUGUCUAUAUGGUCGCGUAUGUACCUUUAAUCUUCCCCGCGACGUGGCUGUUGGAUAAGAGGGGUCUGAGGAUGACUGCGUUGUUGGGGGCCGGUCUGAAUGCCCUGGGAGCGUGGGUAAAGUGCGCCAGUGUGGGGCCCGGCCUGUUCUGGGUCACCAUGACCGCGCAGGUCAUAUGCUCUGUGGCUCAGGUGUUCAUCCUCGGCCUCCCCUCCAGAAUCGCCUCGGUUUGGUUCGGCCCGAGAGAAGUUUCCACGGCCUGUGCCACAGCGGUGUUGGGAAACCAGCUUGGUGUAGCCAUAGGUUUCCUGCUACCACCUGUACUGGUUCCCAACACAGCUGGUGACAAAGACCUCAUGGGCCACAACAUCAGCAUAAUGUUCUAUGGAACAGCUGGAGUUUCAACUCUGUUAUUCCUUCUAACAAUAUUUGUCAUCAAGGACAGACCUCCACUCCCACCCAGCAAAGCACAAGCUGUUCUCUCCACCGGUCCAGCAGAAGACUAUUCAUACAAGAAAUCAAUCAUCAACCUCUUCAAGAACAAGCCCUUUGUUCUGCUCCUCAUCAGCUAUGGAAUCAUGACCGGAUCAUUUUACUCUGUAUCUACACUUCUCAAUCAAAUGAUGAUUACUUAUUAUCCGGGUGAGGAGCUAAACACAGGGAGAAUCGGCUUGACUUUGGUGGUGGCUGGAAUGUUUGGCUCCAUACUGUGUGGAAUCUGGUUGGAUCGUACUAAAACCUAUAAAUUGACUACACUUAUCGUCUACAUCCUAUCCUUCGUUGGAAUGGUGGUGUUCACAUUCACGCUGAACUUGAACAAUCUGCUUGUUAUCUUUUUUACUGCUGGUGCCCUAGGUUUUUUUAUGACUGGUUACCUUCCCAUUGGCUUCGAAUUUGGUGUUGAAAUCACAUACCCUGAGUCGGAAGGCACGUCAUCUGGUCUUCUGAAUGCAUUUGCACAGGUGUUCGGCAUCAUUUUUACUCUCAUCCAAGGGCACCUUACCGCAGAAUAUAGCCCACUCAGUGGAAACAUUUUCUUGUGUGCUUGGAUCCUCAUUGGCAUCGUUCUAACAGCUCUGAUUAAAUCAGACCUCAAAAGAAAUGACGUCAAUGUGAGCAAUAUAAACAAAGGACUAGCAGUUCCCACUGAGCUGCCUUCUGAAAAAGUGUCCAGUGACGUCAAGUUAGAGUCUUCUAGCUUACAUCGUGAGACUUCAAUUUAAAGGGGUCAUAUGAUGCUGCUAAAAAGAACAUUAUUUUGUGUAUUUGGUGUAAUGCAAUGUGUUUAUGCGGUUUAAGGUUAAAAAAAAAAACAUUUGUUUCUAUAUUAUGUACUGUACAUUGUUGUUUCUCCUCUAUGCCCUGCCUUCUAAAACGCUUUGAUUUUACAAAGCUCAUUAUUCUAAAAAAAUCAAUGUGUGCUCUGAUUGGCCAGCUAUCCAGUGCAUUGUGAUUGGCCGAAUGCCCCAAGCGUCUGACGGAAAUGUUACGCCCCUUAACAUACUGACAUACUGACUUACCAGACUCAGUCCAGCUGCUAUGAUCGUACACAUCCUAUCAUCGGUUCUCUUUCAGCAGUUCAAUCAAUGUACUGUCAGGAGUAACUGAAUAACUCGGAUAUUGGUAUAUUUCACGCCAGAGGGAGUGUAAGGCACGUUUAUAAGACGAAUAUCUCAUUAACUCGCGUUUGAAUCAUCAUUCGUAUUAAUUUAAAUAUAAAAUAUGUGCUUACAGGCUGUGAAUCGCCAGACUGUCCUUGCAAAUUUUGACCUGCCCAACUUUAUAGAAAUAGCCUUUUUGCCACAGAUGCAUUGUAGGCUACUGGUUCAGGACACAGUCAUUGUCCUCCAUAAAAUGCGCAGCACACAUCUGAUUUGAGCUGGAUUGUUCUGUAACAGUGUUGAAAUUCCACUCAACUGAUUUCUAGUCUUGUCUUCUAUUCGAAGGCCAAACAAAGUAGUUUCGCUAGCACAAGGAAUCACACAGCGACAUUUGGCCAGCGCUAUGCAUAUCUUCCCACAUAGAGAUGUGGGGGCGUGUUAGAACAAGCCGUUUUAGGGGUGUGUGGACGAGCCUUUUAAAAAUAAUAACUCUUUGGAUUUGACACUUUAGUCACAAGAGCUUUUUGACACAAGAGCUUGUGACACUCCAAAGAGAAAGGAAAAAUUUUAAUCGCAUCAUAUGACCCCUUUAAGACUUAAACAUCUCCAAAAGCACAGCAGACGUCACAACAUGAUCACAGACUCUCCUGAGAUGACUUGAAAACUCCUUAUUUUGCUUUAAUGAUGUUAUAAAAACAAAUUCAGUGACAACUGAUAAUGAUGUGUUCACAAAUAUGCUGUGAAUUAAUUUCUCCGAAUGAAGGCUGAAACGUGUGCAUUCGUGUCUGUCUGUAAAUUAUACAUGCAUUGUACUUUUGUAUUUAUUUCAAGAAUUGUGGACCAAAUGUUAGGGCUUGUAGAGGCUUGUAAUGCCCAUAUGCACAAUCCUGUUAGUGUGGUUGGAACAGCAUGUUUGUUUGCUUUUUCUCAAAGGACCAUUAUGUUUCAAAGGACCUUUCCGACUGUGUGCUAUUGUGAAACAUUGUUGUUCAUUUCUCACAUUGGCUGUUGCAUUGCAGAUCUUCAACAUGCAAUAAUUCCACAAAAGCUAUAAAUUCCCAUUUUAUUAAUUCACGUUGAUUAGGAUUAUCCAUGCAUUAAAUGAAGAGUGUUCUGUAAACUAAAAUGGUCUAUUACGAAAAAUGUAGUGCAUGGGUAAAACAUAAGUGAGUGCUUCAGAAAAAUCACUUACCCUGAAGAGAAUGACGUCAGUUCAAGAGCUAAUGCAGUCAUUGGGAGUUAAAAACAAAUGUGUAGUGCUUUUUUUUGACCUGAAAAACAUAAAAGAACAUUACAUUUGUUUAGUCUUUUUCCAGAGAGCACAAAUCAAUCUGUCAGCAUGUGUACCACUUUAAGAAUGUUUCGUUCAAAAAGGAAUGUGAUCCAUUUACGAGUGUAUCGCUGACUGGUCUAGUGAGGUUUAAUGAAAAUAUCACACCUCAGACGUGUGGUAGAAAGAAGCACUAUUAUUUUAUAAGCCUAGGUUUUCCUUUUAUGAAUUAUUUUUUUGUGCUUUAGAAGCAUAUUUAUUGAAAAGAUUGCUUUAUCAGGAUAUUUUUUGUAUUAAGUUUUGGUUUCAAUUUGUACUGUUUCUACUUAGUAUAAUUGUUGGUUAAAGAAGACAGCUGUGCAAACAUGAUUGUCAUGAUGCUGGGAAAUUCACUGUAAAGUAAGAAGUAAUGUGUCAUGUUUUUAUCACUGCUGUCGUAAAAUAAUAAAAAAGAAUCUUGCUCAAA